CACACAACAAAAAACAAUGACCAAAAAGCGCGGACCACUGAAGAUUCCUUCCGAUUCUUCUGCGGAGAAGCGAAAGGCGGCGUUGGUAUAUAAGAUGGGGACCUUGGCAUUGCCAGACACACAUCUUCCAUGGCUCGAACCAUCCAGACCUCGUCUCUCCUCCUGGCCGCCUGCCUGGUGCUGGUGGCCGCCGAUGCUACCAACGAUGACCACCAGCCAGACAAAAGAGGAAUCGUGGCCAGCAACUAUGGAGGCGGCAGCGACAACUCGGCUAGCAGCUACGGCAGCUACGGAGGCGGCUACGGCGGAGGCGCUUCUGAGGGCGGCUACGGCGGCGGCGGCGCUGGUACUGGAGGCGGCAGCGACUAUGGUGGCCACGGAGGCGCCGCGACCAGCGUGGCCUCCAGCGGACACAGUGCUGGCGGCCUGAGUGGGUCCUUCGGAGGCCAUGGUGACAUCGGAGGCGGCGGUCAAGCGUUGGAUUUGUCUUCCCUAGGCGGCCACGGAGGUGGUAGUCUUGGAGGCCAUGGGGGCGGACUUGGAGGCGGCUUCGGAGGUGGAUUCAGCAGCCACGGGGGUGGAUUUGGAGGCCAAGGAUAUGGAGGUGGCUACGGAGGCAGCUCCGGAGGCGGCUAUGAAGGCGGCCAGGAAGGCGGCUACGAAGGUGGCCACGGAGGAGCGGCCAAGAUCAUCCGCGUGCCCCACCCUGUGCAAGUCCCUGUUGUGAAAUACGUCAAAGUUCCCUACCCGAUUCGCAUUCCUCAGCCCUACCCUGUUCCUUACGAAGUCACGAAGACCGUCGAAGUCCCCAAGGCCGUUCCUUUUGUCGUUGACAGGCCGUACGCCGUCCGCGUCCCUCACCCCUAUCCCGUGCCAGUGCCCAAGAUCGUCAAGAUCAGCGUACCUCAUCACGUUCCCAUCGAAGUGCCCAAGCCAGUCCACAUUCGCGUUCCUCAUCCCAUCGUGAUCACCAAGAGCUACGGAGGCGGCGGUGGUCACGGAGGUGGAUAUGGAGGCGGCCAUGGCGGUGGCGGCUAUGGAGGCAAGAGCGGAGGCGGUGGAUGGAAAUAACAAGUCAUGCAAGAGAGUCAACCUUUUAAUUUUUAAGACCAUGUUCCUCGGGGUUUGAUUUUUGUAACAAAAAAUAAAUACACCC